AGGGAGAAGGAGCAAGAGCGAGAAAGGCCAGAAGAGCCCGGGAGAUUGUAUCCACCAGCCUCUGUAUCACUUGUGCUUGUCGGGUGGUCAGACAUUUAGAGGAACGCAUCUCGAGUAGCUCAGUUGAUACACCUGCUAAGCUGUUCACAAGCUGCUGUCGCAUCACUACUGAAAAAAAUAUAGCACCAAGAACUAUGGGAAAAUUCGCAGGUCGCCGAGCGUUGGUAACAGGUGCUGGGAGUGGCAUCGGACGCGCCACUGCUUUGAAAUUGGCUGAAAUGGGCGCUGAAGUAUUUGCUCUGAGUAAAACGCUCGCCAACUUGGAAUCACUCAAGCAGGAGUGUCCCAGUAUCAACAUCAUCCCUGUAAAUUUAGAAAACUGGACCGAAUCAAGAGAGGCAGUAAAGAAGAUUACACCCAUCCACCUCCUGGUCAAUAACGCCGCAUAUGCAGAGGUAGCACCUUUCCUGGAGGCUUCACCGGAGUGCUUUGACAAAACAUUUAACAUCAACGUCAAGGCCAUCCUGAAUAUCUCCCAAGUUGUGGCUGGGGACCUUGUGGCAAGACAGUUACGAGGGACCAUAGUCAAUGUAUCUUCCCAAGCAGGACAUCGUGCUUUGAAAGACCACACUGUGUACGGCUCUUCAAAAAGUGCUGUCGAAAUGUUGACCAAAACGAUGGGUAUAGAACUAGGACCAAAAGGCAUACGUACUAACGCGGUCGCACCAACGGUAGUCAAGACUCCAAUGGCUCUUGUAGGAUGGUCUGACCCUGUCAAGGCUGCUGGAAUGAUAUCUAGAAUACCUCAGGGGAGGUUUGCUGAAGUGGAGGAAGUAGUGAAUGCUAUCGUGUUUCUGUUAUCAGAUGAGAGUGACAUGGUGAAUGGUCAUUCCUUGCCAGUUGAUGGAGGGUUUUUGGCAGCAUAAAUCUUAUUUCAUCCUGUUCUUUAGUACUGCCUAGCACAUCCAAUAAAGAAAAUUAUUAUUAAAA